UUCCCUGUCAAUUUUUUUUUCCGAGAAGAUUGGUUAUUUACCUCAACUUUAGUUUGACUCUGCUAUGCGAUUAAAUUCUAUUUUUCAGGGUUUUCUAUAUUUUAUUUAAGCAAUUAUUUUGAGUCAUUCUAUUUAGCAGUUUAGGCCAAACGACAAAGUGCUUUAAUGCUUCUAUUCAGUUAGACAUUUCAUUGUAGUAGUUCAAAGAUUAAACAUGUAUUUUUUUGAUGAAUUAUUAUGAUCCUUUGUGAUUCCAUGUUUUUAUACCCUACUAUCUGUGAGAUGCAAAGAUCCAGUGAAUCACUUCCAGUCAUGGGGACUGUUGGAAUCACAAAUAUGGAAGGUAAUUCCCCAGAUGACAGCUUUAGGUAUCGUGUGGACGGGAUUUUCCAGAAGGUUGAUGAGCUUGAGCAAAGAGUGAUUGAGGUGGAACAAUUUUAUUCUAAUAUGAUUAAGAAACAACCAACGGCUUCGAAAGGUAAUUCAACUUUGAAGGAUAAGGAUAAGGAUAGACAUGUCCCAAGCAUAAAGAAACAGCAGCAAGAUGCAACAAAUAGGGAAGCGGCUGGUGCAAAGAGAAUGCAAGAGCUUAUAUUGCAAUUUGGCGUAAUCUUGCAUCAACUCUUGAUGCACAAGUGGGCGUGGCCCUUUAUGCAGCCUGUAGAUGUUGAAGGUCUCGGUUUACACGACUACUAUCAGGUUAUUGACAAGCCCAUGGACUUCAGUACAAUAAAAAAUCUAAUGGAGGCUAGAGAUGGUACUGGAUAUAAGAAUGUCCGGGAGAUGUGUGCUGAUGUCAGAUUGGUUUUCAAAAAUGCAAUGAAAUACAAUGAUGCAAAAAGUGAUGUUCAUGUAAUGACCAAAACCUUGCUUGGAAAGUUUGAGGAGAAGUGGCUGAUUCUUUUGCCAAAAGUAACAGAAGAGGAGAAAAGACGGGAAGAUGAGGAAGCAGAGGCUCAAUUGGAUAUGCAACUCACUGAGGAGGCUGCUCAUGCUAAGAUGGUUGGAGAUUUAAGCGAUGAGCUUUACGAGCUCGAUAUGCAUCUAGGAGAACUUAGAGAAACAAUUGUUCAAAAGUGCAGAAAAAUGUCAACUGAAGAUAAAAGAAAGCUGGGGGCAGCUCUUACUAGAUUGCCUCCUGAAGAUAUAAGAAGAGCAUUGGAGAUCGUUGCACAGGGCAACCCUGGCUUUCAAGCAACAGCUGAAGAGGUGGACCUUGACAUUGAUGCUCAGAGUGAAUCCACACUUCGGAGGUUGAAGGUCUUUGUGAAGGAUGCCCUCGAAGCUCAGGAAAAGAGCGAUACAGGCAAGGGUGGUAACAACAACAACAACAACAAAACUAACACUGCAACCACUAAUAAUAACACCACCAAUAACAAUAAAAGGAAAAGAGAAGUAUGUGAUGCCAUCGCCAAAACUGCAAAGAAAAAGAGUAAAAAGCCCACCUCUUGAUGAUAUUGACAUCACCUUAGACUCUUAAGGAUGUAUGUUUGGUUGUAAUACUAAUUGAUAUGAGCAAGUUUUGUAGGUGAACAUUUAAUGAAGUUUUUGAGAAAAAUGAGCUAGGCAGGUUUCUCUGUCAAGCAGAAGCAUGGCUUUCCCUUGAUUUGGGUAUUAGUUGUGAUACAA